AUGUCGCGCCCCUCAGUCAUAACGUGCAUCAUCAUCGCCGCCAGUGUCUCUCUUUUCCUGGUCAUGGUCACAUUUUUCCAAGAGUCUCUAGAAGUACCAUGGGACUACGCACACAACAAGGCAGGAGAAUAUUGGGACAGAGCCUUCUCACAACAACAGAACCAAUCAGUCUACAACUGUGAAGAUCCCUAUCGUCGACCUGGGUAUCUUUAUAUCCCCGCUGAUAUCAACGGCACCGACGAAUACAAAAAGACACAAUGGAUUCCGUUUACCGACGAUUUGCUUGAUGCUGAAGCGCCCGAUUACGCUGUCUAUCCUCCUGCUGGCGAGGUUAUCUUCAACGCAACGCAACCAGAGCCAGAGUUUUUUAACCUCACUUCUGCACCGCGACAAUGGCUUCCUGAAGCUAUCGCUGAGAGUCAGCGUCGAAAGAAGGCAAUCAACGCCAAUGCGCAAACGGGCGUUGACGCUUUUGCUCCCUUGAAGAAUGAAAGCGACUUUGGCUGGCUCUGGGGUCGUCGCAUCGUACUGUUCAGCGACUCGGUCGAUCGAUUCAUGAUGCAAUUCUUCUGCAGCGAGUUCAAGCGAGGUAUGAAACAGCCUAAGGCACACACAAUCGCCACUUGCGAGAUCCCCGAGUUCAACCUCACGUUCGUCCACUGGCACUUCGCCGGCUCAAUGACCUACCGCCCGGACUGGUGGUGGAUGGACGACAUGGAGGAAAUCUCCUUCGAGGAGCGCUGGGACAAGUACUGGACGCCCAUGUACGACCAGGUCCGCGGGCCCAAGAACAGACCAGACCUGAUCCUCUGGCAGAACGGUCUCUGGGACCAGCGCGCCUUCUGGGAAGCCGGCGAGGCCAACCAUGAGAAGGACGUGUACCCGAUGGGCUCGCGCGCGCGACAGCUGGUCUGGCAGGAAGUUCGCUUCGCAGCUGCGCGCAUCCGCGCCUUCGUGGAGCGCAUCAGCACCGAGUUCGGCGACGCGCCCACCAUGUUCCGCAGCAUGACAAUGCACCGCGUGAGCGACGCGGCGGACGCCUCCAUCUACGACCUGGACCGUCUGGCACGCGCGACGGCGGAGAAGGCGGGCCACGAGGUGUUUGAGUGGGGGCGUCUGAUCACGUCGCUGUCGAUGCUGUACAAGGACAAGACGCAUCCCGGACGGGGGCCCGCGAGCUGGCUCUGGGGGAACAUGGUUCUUGAGUACCUUGCGAGGGUUGGCGAGGCGGGUGAUGAGACGAGGAAGCCCUACUUUGACGGGUGGGAUAAGUGUCAUUCGCAGCUUGUGAAUUGGGGUGGGCGGUAG